GAGCGCGGAUGACCACGCUUGUUGUUUCGGCUAUUUUUGCAACAUUUUUGCUGUCCUUUUCGGUGUAGAAUAAUACAUUAAUGAUCGUGAGUGAUUAUAUUUGCACAGUAAAAAUAACAGUAGCCAGUUAGCAAACAGAAACGUUAGAAAGUUGUCAGUAAUGUGAAGUGUAAUUUAAUUAUCGCCAUCUCUUUAUUUUAUUCGUAUUUUCUGUCAUGUAGGGUUAGCGUUAGUGCAAGCCCAUUUUCUUUUAUGCGUACGUUUGGUCGCUUCCCGCGCGAUGACUUCACUUCCUCAGAACAAUUUAAAAGAGCAGCUCGAGCGACACAGCAGCUCAGCCGUACGACGCAAGUCUUUGCCCAAAUCAAAGAUUGGGGUAUUUUGCUUUAAAAAGACGUCUAGUCCAUGCAGUGCCAUCGAUAAAAAGCCUCAAAAGCUUCUGCCCAAAGGCAAGGUCAAGUCACAGACUUUUAACCCAGUAACCAACACAGUGAGCAAAGCUAGCAUUGUAAAGCCUUUCAUCAGCAGAUUAAAUAAAACAAACAACCAAAACACCAAACUUCCAGAAAUAAAUGAAAAAGUUUUUGGAUUUGCUGAAAAGUGCAUCUUGUCUGCUGCUGUCUUGGAAAAUUGCAACCCCUUUGAUGGUUUUCAACCUACAGUGAAGGGAAAAGAAGCAAGACCAGAUUUUUCACCUAAACUUGCUGGAACUAAGAACACUGAGAAUGGAGAUUUAUCCAUAUUGGAAUGUUUCGAAGUGUCAGACAAUGGUUGUUCUGUUUCAACACAAAAUCUUGAUGCUCAUCAGGCAUUGGCUGAGUCAAGAAAUACAGAUGUUGAAUCCCCUAUCAACACGGCAAAUCACCUAAUUUCAGUUAAAGACAAGUCUCUGCUAAGUGGGUGUGAAAACAAGAAACCUGCAGCUGGCAUUAAGCCUGCUGACAAAAGUCAUGGGAAUUCCAGUUGUUCAACAGGGUUUGAUGAUGCCCUCCUCAGUGUUAUGGAGUCUAUAUGCUGUCUGCUGGACACAGUCCCUGAACAUGAACUUGUAUCCCUUACUUGUGGCACAGAAUUGCUUUCACUGAGAGCUCACAGGAAUAGAAUUAUUGCUGAUGCUGCACUGUUGAAAAAGUGGAAGUCAAAUGAAGAAAUCAACCUUCAUUCCAGGACACUUCAUAAAACAGUUUCUGCUGUCACAACCAAGAGCCACUGUUCAUCUGCACACAUUCAGCUCAGUAAAUCCACUGCAUCUGUUAUGUCCCAGGAUGACAAUAGUACCUUAAAAGAUUCAGACUAUACUUUAUAUCAACACAAGAAAAUUAUCUCAGGUCUGAACAAUAAUAAUGGAGACAUUCGAUCAGGAGAAUGUUCCUUGAGUCUGUCCUUUAAUCUGUCAAAUGGUCAGACUGUGAAUCAUGAGAAAGUGGUGCACGUGUUUCCUAAGAAUCCAAUGGAGAUCGACAGAAAGCCUGUGGACAGCAAAACAUUAGUUGAUGUGGCUGGCUUACAAGAUCACAAAAAAUCACAUUAUAUGGAUGUAUUCUGCACAGGGGACUAUGAUAUUGAUGACUUCAUUGAGAAUGAUAUCACAUUUUGUGAAGGAGGAUUCUCAGACUUUUCUGAUAAAAAGACUGUUGCUGCUCCUACUGCUGUUGUAAAUCCCACUAAACCUGAGUUUACAUCCAGACAUCCAGCUCAUGACCACUUCCGGGGCUUUAGCUUUCCCCACUCUCCAGAGAUGAUGAAAAUUUUUCAUAAGAAGUUUGGUCUUCAUCAGUUUAGGCUCAAUCAGCUGGAAGCCAUCAAUGCUACUUUACUAGGAGAGGAUACCUUUGUGCUAAUGCCUACAGGAGGAGGUAAAAGUCUUUGCUAUCAGCUACCUGCCUGUGUUUCUGAUGGUGUGACUCUUGUGAUCUCUCCACUUCGUUCCCUUAUAGUGGAUCAGGUCCAGAAGCUUACAGCUUUAGAUGUCCCGGCUAUUAGCUUAUCUGGGGAAAAAAAUGACUAUGAGGCUGGCCGAAUCUACAUGCAGCUUUCUAAAAACGAUCCUGUUAUCAAAUUGCUUUAUGCCACGCCUGAAAAGAUCUGUGCAAGUGGAAGGAUGAUUAGUGCUCUGCAGAAUCUGUAUGAGCGAGGUCUGCUUGCUCGUUUUGUCAUUGAUGAGGCACACUGUGUCAGCCAGUGGGGACAUGACUUUAGGCCAGACUAUAAGCGGUUGCAUGAACUUCGCCAGAGGUUUCCCAAAGUUCCUGUCAUGGCACUGACAGCCACAGCAACACCUCGUGUUCAGAAGGACAUCCUUAACCAGCUGGCUAUGACUCGACCACAAGUAUUUUCAAUGAGCUUCAACAGGCACAACCUUAAAUAUUCUGUAUUACCUAAAAAACCCAAGAAAGUUGAUGAAGACUGUAUUAACUGGAUCAAAAAAAACUAUCCACAUGACUCAGGAAUUGUGUAUUGCCUGUCACGGAAUGACUGUGACAACAUGGCAGAUGGUCUUCAGAGGGCAGGUAUUGCAGCACUAGCAUACCAUGCUGGAAUAAAUGACAGUGACCGAGAGUAUGUCCAAAACAAAUGGAUCAACCAGGAUGGGUGUCAAGUCAUAUGUGCCACUAUUGCAUUUGGCAUGGGCAUUGACAAGCCUGAUGUGCGUUAUGUGAUCCAUGCCAGCCUACCCAAGUCAAUAGAGGGCUACUACCAAGAGUCAGGCAGAGCGGGGCGGGAUGGAGAAAUCUCCCACUGCAUUCUCUUCUAUUCCUACACAGAUGUCAUUCGCAUCAAAAGACUAAUUUCCAUGGACAAAGAAGGCAACCACCAUUCCAAAGCUACUCACAUAAACAAUCUGCACAGCAUGGUACAUUUCUGUGAAAAUUUGACGGAGUGUAGGAGGAUUCAGCUUCUUGCCUACUUCGGGGAGCACAAAUUUAAUGCGGCGUUCUGCAAGCAGCAUCCAGAGGUCAUGUGUGACAACUGUGCUCAACCACAUCAAUACAAAGCAAGAAAUGUGACUGAGGAUGUGAAGAAGAUUGUGCAGUUUGUACAGGAAAAUUGUGAGAAGGUUGGCAGCAAACGUGCCAGAUCUUUUCAGCAAAACAGACUCACUUUGAACAUGUUGGUUGAUAUAUUUCUGGGCUUAAAAUGUGCUCGAAUCAAAUCUGGCAUGUAUGGGAUUGGAGCAGCGUACUCCAAACACAACGCUGAAAGGCUCUUUAAAAAAUUAGUGCUGGACCACAUUCUUAUGGAGGACCUAUACAUUACUAAUAAUGGACAAGCUGUGGCUUACAUAUCAGUUGGCCUUAAGGCAAUGGAUGUCCUCCGUGGCAUCAUUCAGGUGAAUUUUCAUGAGACUGAGAGUGCCUCUAGCAUUAGAAAACACAAAGCCACUGUUGCCAAGAGUGUCUCUGAGAGGGAGGAAAUGGUGAAGAAGUGUCUGGAAGAACUUAACGAGCUAUGCAAAAAGCUUGGCAAAGUGUUUGGUCUUCAUUACUACAAUAUCUUCUCAACAGCGACUUUGAAAAAGAUUGCGGAAACUCUUUCUGCUGAUCCUGAGGUGCUGCUGCAGAUAGAUGGUGUGACUGAGGACAAACUAGAGAAGUAUGGCUCUGAGCUCAUUGAGCUACUACAGAAAUAUUCAAAAUGGCAGCUGUCAGUUUCCCAUAAAGAUGCAGAGCAGGCUGAGGGCCCUCACUCUUUUGAUGAAUAUAAUGAAGAAGAUUGUAACAUGUCUGCCUACUUUAGGAGAUGCAAAAGUGAAGGAGAAAAAAGAAAAAAAGCACAUUUUUCUAAGAACCCGAAAAGGCGCAGGGGUUUCAACAGCCAGAACUUAUUUAAAGGUGGAAACCGGCUAUUAUAUAAAAAAGGCACAGAUGCAGCUAGAGUCUCUAAGCAUGCUCCUUCAGUUUCAGCAGGGAAGAAACCUGGUUUCAUGGCUCUCCCCAUCCCUAAGAGUUCUGAGCGACCAUUCCUCAAACCUGCCUUUUCUCAAAUUGGCUGAUUCCACAACUACAGAUUUUAAAGCUUUUAUUGUAAAAAGUACCUUUAUUUUUUUAUCCCUUAUUUCUUGUUGUGUAUUAAACCCAUAAUUUUUUUAUUACUUUGUAUUGUUUAACAUAUUGUUUGUGUUUAUAUUAAUUUUAGCAUUAAAGUUUAAAUGUUUCUGGAUGCAAAUAAUUACAGUACCCAUUUCAAAAACAGUUCUGUUUUGUAAAUUUGAUACAAUGACUGAUUCAUGUAUUACCCAUUAUACUAUUAUUACCAUUAUACUACUAUUACCAAAGUUGCAUUUUAUGAGUAAUCCUUGAACUUUUUGACACUUUAUAGUUUAACAGGCUCAAACUGAAAUGGGAUUGAUUGGGGUUUUGUGCCAUGAUCUAUGUAAACAAUAACACUGAAAUUUGUGGAAUCUGUGUGAAUAUAGUUUGCAAAAGAUUUCUAGGUUGAAAAAAAAAUUCUUUAUAUACUUUUCCAGUUUGUGUCAUGGUUCCUUUGAUAAUUUAGGUACACCUACCCUCCCUAGUGAACUGUGCUUUUUAGACUUGAGGUAACUGUGAACCCCUUUAAAGAGAAUGUAAAAAAUGUGCAACUGAACCACUAUUUGGCUUAAAUGUAGAGCAUCUGAUCAUUAUUAUAGGUUUUUAAUAAUGGUUUUGCAAUGUAGGUAUGUACAUUUUGCAAUUAAGGUAUGUACAUUAUUCAAAUAAAAAAAUUAAUAGGUGAGGA